UCCACCUUUUAUGACGAGCAUCAACAGGAGAACCAUGCAAAUAGAGAAUGACAUCUUAGUUCCCUUGAUUAUCAUAUGUUAUAUGACAGGAUCCAGCCAGUCAAUAUUCAUAAAGGAAAAUGAAUUCAAAGUGUUCUUAAACACAACGCAACCUAUAUGGACCGUCAACACGACCAACAAGAACAACAAGAAUUUCUGCAUUGUCGACGUCACAACAAAAAUGCUGGAAGAAAAUAUCCUCUAUUGUCACUCUUUCUACGUCGACCCCACGAUGAAACAAAAGGUUUCCGUUGAAAUGGAAGGCGCCUUUAAAUAUAGCAAUAAAAUGCUUGCCACACCACAAGGCUCGAAGGUGGUUUUCAGGCACAAACUCCUGUAUCUCGACGUGGACAACUUCUGUGCUGUGAUUAAAGUUACUCCAAAGCUUCCUAAUCGUGGACAGGCUUGGUAUGACUUGAGAAUGUGGAAUGCCUCGCUUGUAAGAUAUCGCCGCCCCUCGAUAACCUGUUCACACUAUUUUCAACUUGAAGCAAAGCAUGGACGCCUAGCUUAUGAGCCUGUAUGCCAAAAACUCCUCUAUCAAGUGCAUCCGCAUCAACAAAAAAAUCUUCAAGGACAGAAGACGUCGCAGACAUACAGGAGCACGAGCGUGUGAACUGUCAAGCGUACUGCGGAAGUAUGUAGCACAUCACAGCUUUAUCUAGUGGUUCACGAGACCCACUGGAGGCAGAGAUGUAUAACUUGUCUAGCCUGUGCACUAAAUGCCCCUUGGUAAAAAG